AAAUAAUUGUUUCUUCCUUUUUCUCUCUCAUUUCCUUUCUAACUCUGUUAAACAAUCCUUCCCCGUUAAGAUUGUUCUCACCAUCGUUCUUAUUAUCCCCUCUUCCCUCUUCUCAUUCCAAACCUCAACAAGGUUCAGAUACUUUUCCGAUUCCGUCGCGAAUUUCCGAUUCAUUGAAGAAGAAGAGAAAACCUAAAUCGCAGAUCCGAACGCAGUAAAAAAACCAUGGCGGAAGAACACCGAUGCGAAACUCCCGAAGGUCACCUACUCUGCGCCAACAACUGCGGCUUCUUCGGUAGCACCGCCACGAUGAACCUGUGCUCGAAAUGCUACGGCGCGAUCCGCUUGAAGGAGCAAGAAGAAGCGUCGAUGAAAUCUACAAUCGAAACCGCGCUCUCUUCUUCCUCGUUGAAACCGUCGUUCUCCACGUCACCUCCAACGUUGGUGGAUGUCCUCAUCGAAUCGCCGCCGCCGUCUUUGGCGGAGGUUGCGGUCACGGUGGCGGUGGAGGCGUCGAGUUCUAUUUCCACAAGCUCAGGUUCGGUUGCGCAACCGAACCGGUGUGCCACGUGUCGGAAGCGCGUGGGGCUGACCGGGUUCAAGUGCAGGUGCGGAUUGACGUUCUGCGGGGCCCACAGGUACUCGGAGAAGCACGCGUGCGGGUUCGAUUUUAAGACGGUGGGGAGAGAGGAGAUUGCACGUGCCAACCCCGUGAUCAAAGCGGAGAAGCUGCGGAGGAUUUGAUGAUUCGUUCUCGGCCGUUCGAUGGGACCGGAUUUGGUGAUUUGAUCUCGACCGUCCACGUGUACUGCGAAAGAUAGAGAGAGAAAAUGUCGUUAUUAUCUAAAAUUAUGAUUAUGAUGAUCUGUCUUUUAAUUAAGAUUAAGAUGAAAGCUUGAAUAGUCGGUUUGUCUGGUCUAGUAGGGCAUGAAAAUGAAAUAAAUGAGUAAUUUAUUUUGGCUUUGUAAAAGCGAGAAAAAAAGAAAAGAAAAAACAACGUUGGAUUAAAAAAUUUCUAGGUCCACCGAUGGGGGUGGUUGAAACUUGAAAUGAUUUGUGAUAAGAGUCUCCGGGCAACGACGCAGUGCGGUGGAGCGUUUUAUUGUGCUUUCGGUAAUGAAUGUGAAAGUGAAAUUAUUGUACUCGCUGCGUCAAUCUAUUUAUUCUUCCUUUACUCA